AUGUUUACAGCGGCAGGGACUCCGCCGCCGUCAGCCGAGUUAUCGAAGUACUUUAACGGACCGAUAGAAUCGAGUCCCUUCACUGUAUGUCCAAAGUGCAACGCGCUGAAACCGUUUCGGUGUCACCACUGUUCGAUAUGCAAUAAAUGUGUCUUACGGAUGGAUCACCAUUGUGUGUGGAUGUGCAAUGACAUCGGUGUUGGCAACGUCCGUUUUUUCGUCUGCUUUUUGGUUUCCUUUGCAAUUUCUCUCCUUUUAGCUUUUGUCGUUACGGCACCGUUAAAUCUCAAGUUGUCACUUUCCAUAAAAUUGUUAAUGACGCUCGAGGCGGUAUUGGGUGUCGGGAUCGGCAUCUUUAGUUUUUUUCAUGUCAUAUUUGUUCUCACCAAUCAAACAUCAUUAGAAGUUGCAGACAACAUAAGAGAUUAUUUUUUAAGACCAAAAAAUGAGAGAAAGUUCAUCACCCCAUAUGACUUGGGAAUCGCAAAAAAUGUCAAACAAAUUCUGAGAUUUAACAAGUGGUGGGAACUUUUUAAUCCUUUUGCAAAGCAGGUCGAUAUAAAUCAACUUGAUGUGAUUAUUUCGCGAAAAUUUAUGGAGUACACUGAUUUUCUUGACGAUGAAGAGGAAGAUGAAAAUAACGGAAUUGUAAAUCAUUGA